AUGGAUCAAGAAGUAAAUCCUACCUUCAUCGCUCUCAUCCCGAAAUCCAAGGAAGCGUUUCGUGUAUCUGAUUAUCGCCCGAUAAGCCUUUGCAAUGUAUUGUACAAAAUUAUUGCCAAGCUUCUGGCAGUAAGAUUAAACAAUAUUCUGCAUCACAUUGUUGUUGGAAAUCAAUCCGCUUUCAUUAAAAACCGACUGAAGUGUAUCUCCUCAGUUUCAUAUUCUGUAGUGAUCAAUGGUCAUAAAUCAACAACAUUUUUUCCUGAGAGAGGUAUCCGCCAAGGUGAUCCUUUGUCCCCCCUUUUAUUUGUCUUAUGCACGGAGGCUUUAAGUAGUCGGAUUUCUCAAGCUGAGACACGGCGGUAUAAUUGGGGAUUCCCUUUUGGAAAUGGUAGUGUCACAAGAUUAAUUUUUCAAAAACAUCAGUGUUCUUUUGCAAGAAUACACAUCAUUCUAUUAAGGAGCAGAUUUUGUUAUCCAUUGGAGUGCAAGAGGCGAAUUCUUAUGAAAGAUAUCUCGAGCUCCCUGCAGUUAUUGGUCGGUAAAAAAAAGGCUUUCCAAUUUGUGGUUGAUAAGAUGGACAAAAAAGCAAAUAAUUGGAAUAGCAUAUUUCUUCCUUUUGCUGCAAAAGAGGUGAUGUUAAAAUCAAUUUUGCAAGCGAUUCCAAUGUAUUCUAUGCAGCUUUUUAAAUUCCCUGCUUCACUUUGCGCUAAUCUGGAUCAUAUUGUAAGGAAGUUGUGGUGGGGAAGCACAUGA